AUGAACGACCCUGGCUUGGAUGAUGCUAUCGCCGAUGAGCCAGUUGCUUUAGACGAGGCCUCCACUAAUCCAAAAGAACGGAGAGGCCCUGAAGGAAAGCUAUCUUCCCAAUAUCCGCAAGCUGCUCGGUGGUGGCUUGCAAGUACCGCAUAUCCAUUGAUGGCAGGUACAUUUGGUCCCAUGGCUAGCGCAUUCAACAUUUGCUCCCUCUCACAGCCAUGGCGAAUGGAUCUUACAAGCGGCGGUGGACUAGACAUUCCAGAUCCAAAGUGGGUCACAUCAAUCAAUGCGGUUUCGCUAGUGUCCGCACUUAUCGCCAAUCUCGCCCUCUCCCUGAACAUGGCGCGCCGCAUUCGCUUUGAAAUCGCCCAACCAAUCAUCGUCAUUGGGUGGUACAUUUCAUCGGCACUGUUAAUCGGUAUACUUAUUCCAUUCGGUGUAUUGAUGUACAAGCCCGAGAACGAUGGGAGGAUAUACUCGCAGAGCUAUUACCACGGCACCUUUGCCGCGGGAAUCUACUUCAUUAUCUCUUCCUUAAUGACAGUGACCGGGUACGGCGCCUGGCGAGACCACUAUAGUCGCGAAUACAACUUGACAACCAGCCAGCGGACCUUGAUGCUCCAGACAAUCAUUUUCUUCAUCUAUCUUCUCGGCGGUGCGGCCGUGUACGCGAGGAUAGAACACUGGCGCUUCCUGGAUGCCGUUUACUGGGCAGAUUAUACCCUGCUCACUAUUGGAGUUGGUAACUUUGCGCCAACCACGCAUCUUGGCCGUGGACUUUUGUUCCCAUAUGCAGUGGGAGGUAUUAUCAUCCUUGGCCUCAUCAUUUCUUCUAUCCGAACCCUGAUGCUUGAAAAGGGUCGGCAGAAGAUUGGUGACGUCUUAACGGCUCAUACACACAAAUUCCUGGUCAAGGAAGCAUUUUCGAAUCAUUCUCGUUUGCAGGGAAUCGUUCCACCGUUGGAUGAUCAGACCGCCAAAGACGAAGGGCGGAGUGACCGUGAACAGCGCAAAAGAGAGUUCAUCGCAAUGCGCCAGGUUCGCCAACUAGCCACUAUCCAACACAAGUGGUUAUCCCUGCUCAUGUCUUUCACUCUUUGGAUGACCAUGUGGCUUAUUGGUGGAGUGGUAUUCUGGCGGUCCGAGUCAGAUGCGCAAUGGUCUUAUUUCCAGGCUCUCUAUUUUGCAUAUACAACUCUUUUAACCAUAGGGUAUGGUGACAUAUACCCAGUGAGCAGUUUGGGGAAGUCUUUUUUCGUUUUCUGGUCUUUGCUUGCUGUUCCAACUAUCACCAUUCUCAUUUCGAGUAUCGGUGAUACGCUUGUCCGGUUUAUUCGAGAUAUUACUUUGUUCAUUGGGGAAAUCACAAUCCUACCAGGUGAUCAAUCUUUUAUUGAUCGGACCAAAGAUUUGACCAAGGUGUCUUGGACCGGGUGGUGGUUGGAAGAAACCACAGGCGAGAAGAGGAAACAGUGCCCAGAUGAGAAUAUAGGCGACCGUCCACCCCUCGAGGCGGAAGAGAAGAAGAAAGAGAACGAAGCCCAGGAACGCGGUGAUGUCGCAGCGGAAAACAUCCAUCACUAUCACUAUCUCCUCUUCCGCGAGGUGCGCAAAUUGAUGGAACAGGCUUCAAGCAACCCAGAAAGAGAGUUUGAUUACGUGGAAUGGGAGUACUAUCUUGGUUUAAUUGGGGGUAAGAAUCGACCCAGUAUAUCUGGUGAUGAGCAUGGCGAUGCGGCACAGGCAAAAACAUGCGACUGGGACUGGCUUGACAAGAAGAGUCCCUUGCUCGGUCGAAAAAGCGAAGUUGAGUGGCUGCUCGGGGCGUUGACGGAAACUCUGGAUCAGGAGCUCCAAAGAGCCAGCGAUGUGCAUCCUUCUGUUGACAAGCCAAGUAAAUGUAUCGAUACUCUGUACGAGAAAUAA